GUUAACUGCCUUGUUCAAGGGCAGAAGACAGAUGUUUACCUUGUCAGCUCAGGGAUUCGUUCUUGCAACCUUCCGGUUACAAGUCCAACACUCUAACCACUAGGCUACCUGCCGGCCCAAUUUAUUCAACGUAUGAUCUGGAGCGUUUUCCUAAGAUUAGUUUUGUUAUUUACACUCUGCUUAUCCAUUGAAGAAGGUAUUGUAACGGUUUCGGCUUGUUAUUAGCCACCCAGAUUAAUCAAUUAUCAAAAUACGCCUUAGCCUAAUUUUACAUGGAAUUAUAGAAGUCAGUAGGCCUACCUCGUAUAUAUUUUUGAUACCUACAAUUUCCAUUAUUUGUUGGUCUUAUUAAUCUAAGAAGUGAAUGUAGCCUAUAUUAGACAAGUUUCCAUUGACACAAGUUUAUUCGACAAAAGCAAAGUCGCAAUUUUUUUUUUAUUACGACGUCUAAUUGAAGCGGCAGAUAUAGGAGAAACCUUCUAAAGAUAGACAACAUUUUUAUUCGUUCCACAGGGGUGAAUAUUUGUUUUGUAGAACUUUCUUUAUUGCGGCAAAUGAUGAUGGAAACUGUGUUUUUCGAAUAAAUGGUGAAGGACGAAUAAUUUUUGAAGGUAGCUACGUUGGGCACGUUAUGUCACUGUAACUUUAACGUUCCACUUCACAUUUAAUUUUAAAUGCCUACUUCUUGCAAAAUAAACAUUCAACUAUACAAAUAAUGUUUAUUUGCAGGACAAGGAUUGUACAGACUUUCAAUAAUGCCUGAAUUGCUUCGCCUUUUGUGGUUGGCUGGCAAGUUUAACCAUCCAAUUGUUUCCGAUCUACAGGAGUGCACGUUUCACCAUGGCACGGACCGUGGCGAUACGUUGGCACAUUAUAAUUAUUAGAAUAUGGCAAACAUUAUUCAACUCUUGCAUUAUAUCCGUUCGGGCUUUUACGGGCUACUGUGUUUUUUGUGCGUUUUUGUGUGGCUUAAUUAGUGAGAAAAGACACAAAUUUGACCAGUAGGCUACACACAAGCCUUUGCAACAACCAUAUAGACGCGAUAGUUUAUAUUUCAUUUUUGUUCUUCUUAAUGGCUAAUUCAACGGUAUGAAUAUACAGCAAUGUUAUCUUUGUUUAACCAUGUUUUAAAAUGUGUCGUUGUAUGCCUAUAUGUACUGUUUUAGACUUGCUGAACAUAAUUUUUGAGAAAAGACGCACAUUUACGUGCGACUUAAGUCGUGUGAAUUUUUUAUUUAAUAAUGCCAAUGCUGUUUUCUGUGCUUGAUUUCGCUUAAUACUUUGGAUACUGGUGCACUUGUAAUCAGAAGGCCUUUUUGUCAUGUAGGCAACACUACACGAUUUUCUUAAUAACCCAUUUCAUAUUUCGUGGAGCCUAAAUCACACAAUUUUCUUCAUAAUGCAUGUAUUACAUGUUAAACAGGUUAAUGUAAAAUAAUGAUUGAUGCUGGCUUACACUUAUGGCACUUCCAAGGCCUUUCCAUUAUGAUUAUUACGGUCAUGUCACUCAUGUCAUAUACUUAGGCUACUGUAACGCGUUCAACUAGUUAACAAGUCAGAAAUGUCCGUUUCCUAGUACGGACUAGCUCUUGAAUGCAGUAUUAUGCUGGCUUCACAUUCUCGUGGGAAAUGGGAAAAUGGGAAGUUGUAACUCCGACAUGAUUGUGUUCAAGUGCUUUUGAAGUCUGAACAAUUCUUAAACCAAUAAGAUUGGCCACAUAAUUUUCUAAUUCCCCACUUGUAAUUCGUAUUUGGAGGGUCAUUCAAGUGAAACUUCCCAGUCGGAACUAGGAAUUCCCGAGAACUCCGAUAGUACCUGAACGAGGCAUUAGUAUGUGUAAUAGCAGCCUACAUACAUAUCCUACAUCUGUGUUCAGAAUUAUUUUAUGGGUGAUUUUUCCAUUGAAAGAAAUGUAUUUAAUCUUCCACUUCACUCUUCCGAUACAUGUAUUUACUGCAGACAAGAUGAUAUUCAACAAGUAGGCAUUUUGAAACCGUUCAUAGAUUACUCCAAGUAAUGACACUCUUUGGGAUCUUUGCCAGGGAAGAUUUAAAUACAUUAUCAAUGGCAAAUACUGUUUUCUAUGCUUGAUUUCACUUAAUAUUUUUGGGGUUUGCGCUCAUUACAGUCAGAAAACAUAUGUUGGCCGAUCAAAACACUUUCGGGUGAUGUUGCUUUCUCUCCCCAAGUCGUACGAGAAAAUAACGGAAAACUGACCACAAGAUCAGUACUGUACAUAUGCAACUUCAACCCAAUGUAAUGCGGAGCACGUUCCAGCUCGUCAACACACUCGGCUGCAGGGGAGGUUACUUUCUGUGUUGUUCAAUUUAUAUAACAAUAUCAAAUUAAAUGAUUCUAAGAAACGCUUUUCCAGGCAGUUUAAAUGUGUAUUCUUAUUCUGUGCAGAAUCGGUGUAAUUUGACCUACAACACAUAUGCGCAUCAUGACUUCAACAAAGAAGGCAACUUGGAAAGUACCCGAUCCUACCCGAUCCUCCCAUGCGAUCAUUCUCUUUCCCGCUCCAAAUAAAGACCCUUCACACUUACCACCCUUCUCUUCAGACCACUCCGACCUACGGCUGACACCUUUAGCCUCUAUCUCUCUCUCUUUCUAUCCAUCCUCUUGAUACAGAUCUCUUGAUCUAUCCUCUGGCUGCAUUUUAAAAUGGCUCCUGGCUCCAGCUGUAAGCUGUGUCCUAGUUGUAACAGAUCAAUAGGAGUAGCAUCAAAGAAGUGCAAGUUCUGUGGUGCAACAAUACAGCUAAAGGGUUAUAGGCCCAAAAAAUGAAGGCUACAGAUGAAUGGGCAAAUAAGACAAUGAAACAUGGAAGAUAUGCAACCUUGGUUAAUGCAGCAAACAAGCUGGUACAUAUGUUCCACAAGGUAGGAGUGUACUCCCUGCGACUCCUCAGCAAGAGGAAGAAGGAUAACAUUUUGUCGUCAACUGUGCUCUGUCCUCACAGUGGUAUGAUGAAUCAGACCUCAAUGGCAGCAAUCCAAAUGUUGUAUGAGGCAAUUGUGAAAGUGGCAAUCAACACCCAUACCCCCACACUACAACCCUCCAACCCUCCUCCUAUUGCUGCCCAAGAACUGUCUGAUACAGUUGCCCCCCAGGAGACCAGCUACACCCUCAUCCUCAACCAGGUUGAACCCCCGAUAUCCCCCACCACCCAGGAGACCAGCUUCACCCGGAUCCCCAACCAGGUUAAACCCCCAAUAACCCCCACCACCCAGGAGACCAGCUACACCCACACCAAACCAAAGAAGACGGGGAGAAAGUCCUGUCACCUUGUCACCCUCAAAAAACCCUCCAAAUCAAUGAGCAUGACAGUCAACUCCAUCCCAUCCAAUCCUAUCCAACCCCAUCCAACCCCAUCCUACCCCAUCCAACCCCGACCAAGGAAGAGGAAAUAUGACUACAUGCAAAAGAGUGUCCAGUGCAUCCGGGGCAAACAAUUUUCCCUAUUCUCAAGAUUCUUGCCAAUAGAACUUCAAAGGAGGGUCAGGAGCAGAAGGUGAGGUGGAAGCCAUGCUCUGGAUGUGGCAAGAAAUGGGACGAUGACUGGAUCAAGGCAGAGGACCGCGUUUCUCCAGUUUAACCUACUUAAUGCACAAAUGUAUUCCUCACUCUCCCUUCACAUGUAUCACUGUCAAUCAUAAAUGGUUGGCCAAAUUCACCAUGGUUUACCAUUGAAACAUUCAUGGAGCAUCAGCAUGCCAACCAUUUGAUCUCAAUCACUUUCAUGAGAAUAUGCAUUUAGAUAAUCUUCAUAUAAAGUGAGCUACAAACGUAUUGCAACAGUGACACAUUUUUUGUUGUUUUGCCUCUGUACUCCAGAACUUUGUAUUUGAAAUGAUACAAUGACUAUGAGGUUAAAGUGCAGACCAUCGUCUUUAAUUUGAGUGUAUUUUCAUCCAUAUCUGGUGAACCGUUUACAAAUUACAGCACAUUUUGUACAUAGCCUCACCAUUUUGGGGGACCAAAUGUAUUGUGAUAAAUUAAUUUAUGUGUAUUAAAGUAGUCAGAAGUUGA